UGACCGACAGUAACCUCGCGCAUCGCUAUAAAAGCUUGGAGGAGAGGAAAAAGGUCCGUCCAUAAGAGCGCAAAGCACCACCAGUACAAUAUCGCUUUGAGAGAGUUAGAACAGCUGUUUUUUCUCUCUUCUCAAAAGGAAUUACAGUUUAUAUGAAAUAAGGAAUAAUCAUUUCAGAGCAGGAAAUAACGUUGCAGAGAGGAGGCACGGACAGUUUGGAUCCGUGGCAAGAUGACUGUCUCCACUCAGUUGGGUUUGCUGUUGUGGAAGAACUUCACUUACCGACGGAGACAGACUAUUCAGCUGCUGAUCGAGAUCAUAUGGCCACUCUUCAUCUUUUUCAUCUUGAUAUCUGUCAGACUCCACUAUCCUCCAUACGAGCAACAUGAAUGCCACUUUCCCAACAAGGCCAUGCCCUCUGCGGGGACUUUACCAUGGGUGCAGGGCAUCAUCUGCAAUGCCAACAACCCCUGCUUUCGCUACCCCACCCCUGGAGAGACCCCCGGGGUGGUGGGCAACUUCAAUGACUCCAUCAUCUCCCGACUGUUCAUCGAUGCUAAGAAAAUUCUCCUCUACAGCCAACAUGACAAGAGCUUUGAAGGUUUCAAAGGACUUGUCCGGGCCUUGAGAAACCUGCAGAGAAACACUGAAGGGUUCAAGCUGAAGGACUUCCUCCGUGAUAAUGAAACGUUGUCUGAGUUUCUUGAGAAAAAUGCUACCCUGCCCAAGCAUGCUGUGAGACAGAUAGUGGAGGCUAACGUCAACUUGGAGAAGGUGCUUAUUAAAGGCUUCGGCGUUCAUCUCAGAGACUUGUGCAAUACCACAUCUCUGGAGGAUUUCGUGACAAUAGCCGAUAAGGACAUGUCUCAGCUGACGCAAAACAUCAUCUGUCAGUCAACUGCUGAAUGGCUGAACAAUGCAGAGAGCCACUUCCUGUCCAACCUGGACUUCCUGAAGCCAAUACGGAAAGAUGUCAAGUCUGACCCGAAGAUUAUCCAAGAUGUGUCUAUAGCAACAGACAGUCUUCUGGAGAGUUUGGGAGCAUUAGCGGUGGAGCUUGGGAGUAUGAAGAGCUGGCAGGACAUGCGCAAUGAGAUCUUUUACCUGACGGGCAACAGCACACAGUCCCCCAACCACAUGUACCAGGCCGUGUCCCGUAUCGUCUGCGGUCACCCGGAGGGCGGAGGACUGAAGAUCAAGUCCCUCAACUGGUACGAGGACAACAACUACAAGGCCCUGUUCGGGAACUACGGCAAUGACAGCGACAGCGAGCCCGUUUACGACAACUCCUCCACGCCCUACUGCAACAGCAUGAUGAAGGGCCUGGAGUCGAGUCCCGUAUCCCGCAUGAUCUGGAGAGCUCUGAAGCCGCUGCUUAUGGGGAAGAUCUUGUACACCCCAGACACCCCUGCCACCCAGAGGAUCAUACAAGAGGUCAAUAAGACGUUUCAGGAGCUCGGUGUGCUCAGGGACCUCGGCGGCAUGUGGGAAGAGAUGAGACCCAAAAUCUGGAACUUCAUGGAGAACAGUGAGGAGAUGGACCUCGUUCGGACGCUCCUCCAGAACAACGCUAGCGCUCGCUUCUUUAACGCCAAGCUAAGCGGGACGAACUGGAGCGUGGAGGACGUGUCCAGCUUUCUGUCCAAGGCUUCAGAGGACACACGUCCCCAUGGUUCAGCGUACACAUGGCGGGAAGCGUUCAACGAGACGGAUCAGGCCAUCCAGACCAUCUCACGGUUCAUGGAGUGUGUGAACUUGGAUAAGCUGGAGCCGGUGGCUAACGAGGAGCGUUUGGUAAACAAGUCCAUGCGUCUGCUGGAUGACCGCAAGUUUUGGGCUGGGAUAGUGUUUCCUGACAUGCAGGCCAACACGUCUGACCUGCCGCCCAACGUCAACUACAAGAUCCGCAUGGACAUUGAUAACGUGGAGCGCACCAACAAGAUCAAGGACGGGUAUUGGGAUCCCGGUCCUCGAGCAGACCCGUUUGAAGACCUGCGGUACAUCUGGGGCGGCUUCUCCUACCUGCAGGACGUGAUUGAACACGGGAUCAUACGAGCUCUGACCGGCAGCAAGGAGAAAACGGGGGUUUACAUCCAGCAGAUGCCUUAUCCAUGCUAUGUGGACGACAUUUUCCUGCGGGUAAUGAGCCGCUCCAUGCCUCUGUUCAUGACUCUGGCCUGGAUGUACUCGGUGGCCAUCAUCAUCAAGGGUGUGGUGUACGAGAAGGAAGCCCGGCUCAAGGAGACCAUGAGGAUUAUGGGUCUGGAUAAUGGUAUAUUGUGGCUGAGCUGGUUCAUCAGUAGCCUGAUCCCACUGCUCAUCAGCGCCGCCCUGCUGGUGCUCAUCCUGAAGAUGGGGAAUCUGCUGCCGUACAGUGAUCCUGGUGUAGUCUACUUGUUCCUGGCCUCGUUUGCGGUCGUGACCAUCAUGCAGUGUUUCUUGAUCAGCACGCUCUUCUCCCGCGCUAACCUCGCCGCGGCCUGCGGGGGCAUCAUAUACUUCACUCUCUACCUUCCCUAUGUGCUGUGCGUGGCCUGGCAGGAUUACGUCGGCUUUGGAGCCAAAGUAGUAGUGAGCCUCUUGUCUCCGGUGGCGUUCGGCUUCGGCUGCGAGUACUUUGCUCUGUUCGAGGAGCAGGGUGUGGGCAUCCAGUGGAGUAACCUGCUCUCCAGCCCCAUGCAGGAGGACAGCUACAGCCUCACCACAUCCAUCUCGCUCAUGCUCUUCGAUUCGGUGCUCUACGCCGUCAUGACCUGGUACAUUGAAGCUGUGUUUCCAGGUCAGUACGGCAUCCCACGACCCUGGUACUUCCCCUUCACCAAGUCAUACUGGUGUGGAGAGAAAUGUGGUGGGAUUACAUCAGCACCGACCAACAAGAAAGAAAAUGCUGAAGCUGUAUGCAUUGAAGAAGAACCGGCUCAUCUGGAUCCAGGUGUUUACAUCGAGAACCUGGUGAAGGUCUACAGCAAUGGCAAACUAGCAGUGGACGGUUUGACUCUGGGUUUUUAUGAGGGUCAGAUCACCUCCUUCCUGGGUCACAACGGUGCUGGGAAAACCACAACUAUGUCUAUCCUCACUGGCCUGUUUCCACCCACCUCCGGCACUGCUUACAUCCAGGGCAAAGACAUCCGCACCGAUCUGAACACUAUACGCCAAAACCUGGGCGUCUGUCCGCAGCAUAACGUCCUGUUUAGCAUGCUCACCGUGGAGGAGCACAUCUGGUUUUAUGCACGUCUGAAGGGUUUGCCUGAGGAGAAGGUGAAGUCGGAGAUGGAGCAGAUCGUGAUGGACCUCGGCCUGCCUCAUAAACGCAAAUCUCGCACCAACCAGCUCUCAGGAGGAAUGCAGAGGAAGUUAUCAGUAGCGCUGGCGUUUGUUGGAGGGUCAAAGGUCGUGAUCCUGGAUGAGCCCACAGCUGGAGUCGAUCCUUACGCUCGCCGGGGCAUCUGGGACCUGCUGCUCAAGUAUCGCCAAGGACACACCAUCAUCCUGUCCACCCACCACAUGGACGAAGCCGAUAUCCUGGGGGAUCGCAUUGCCAUCAUCUCCCACGGGAAGCUGUGCUGUGUGGGCUCCUCUCUGUUCCUCAAGACCCAGCUGGGAACGGGAUAUUACCUGACGCUGGUGAAGAAGGACUUCGAUCUCUCGGUCAGCUCCUGCCGCACCUCCAGCAGCACCGUCUCCUAUUCCAAAGCAAGCCUCAAGAAGGAGGACAGUGUAUCUGAGAGCAGCUCUGAUGCUGGACUGGGCAGCGACCAUGAAAGUGAAACCACCACCAUAGACAUCUCCUUGAUCUCCAAUGUGAUUUUCAAGCACGUUCCUACAGCCCGACUGGUCGAAGAUCUCGGGCACGAGAUCACUUACGUUCUGCCUUAUGAGUCGGCCAAAGACGGAGCGUUUGUGGAACUCUUCCAUGAGAUCGACGACCGGCUCACUGACCUCGGCAUUUCAAGUUACGGCAUCUCUGACACAACCCUGGAGGAGAUUUUCCUCAAAGUGGCAGAGGACAACGGUGUUGAUGCUGAGAUGUCAGAUGGGAUUAUAUCUGCACGCAGGAACCGCAGACACGCUUUUGGUGACCAUCAGAGCUGCCUGAAGCCUUUCACUGAAGACGACUUUGAUUUCAAUGACUCAGAAGGAGAUCCAGAAUCUCGUGAGACAGACUGGUUGGGUGGCGCUGAUGGUAAAGGUUCGUACCAGGUGAAGGGCUGGAGUCUGAAGAGACAGCAGUUUGUAGCUUUGCUCUGGAAACGCUUCUUGUACGCCCGACGUUCCCGGAAAGGUUUCUUUGCUCAGAUUGUGCUUCCCGCUGUGUUCGUGUGCAUCGCUCUGGUCUUCAGCCUCAUUGUCCCUCCCUUCGGAAAAUAUCCCAGUCUCGCUCUGGAGCCCAGCAUGUAUGAGGAGCAGUUCUCCUUCAUCAGCAAUGAUGCACCAGAGGACAGACACACAAACAAGUUACUUGAAGCUCUGAUGGACAAUCCCGCUUACAGUGAACAAUGCACAGACGAGCAAAACGCUGCUAGCAAAUCAUGUCCGAUUAAAGAUGGAGAGUGGAUGGUUCCAGAGAUUCCCGAGACCGUUCAGGACAUAUUCGUAAAAGGGAACUGGAGUAUGGAAAACCCAUCGCCUCUAUGUGAGUGCAGCUGUGAAGGAAAGAAAAAGAUGCUUCCCGAGUGUCCGCCAGGUGCAGGGGGUCUGCCACCGCCUCAGGUCAAAGUCACCACUGAUGAAACCUUGCAGAAUCUGACAGGCAGAAACAUUUCAGACUACUUGGUGAAAACAUAUGCACAGAUUAUUGGGAAAAGCUUGAAGAACAAGCUCUGGGUCAACGAAUUCAGGUAUGGUGGAUUCUCAUUGGGUGCUAGAAGCUCUCAGGCCCUCCCCCCUGGUGAUGAGGUCACCGAUGCCAUCUCUCACAUUCGUAACCGCUUCAGUCUUCAAGCGGGAACCGCAGCUGACCGCUUUCUGGGAAGCCUGUCAACUUUCAUCCGAGGUCUCGAUACCAAGAACAAUGUGAAGAUCUGGUUCAAUAAUAAGGGCUGGCACAGUAUCGGAGCGUUCCUCAAUGUCAUGAACAAUGCCGUCCUGCGUGCUAAUCUGCCCCCCGGCCUGGAUCGCUCCAAAUUCGGCAUUAAAGCGUUCAACCAUCCACUCAACCUCACCAAAGAGCAGCUCUCACAGGUGGCGCUAAUGACGACCUCAGUUGACGUGCUGGUGUCCAUCUGCGUCAUCUUCGCCAUGUCUUUCGUCCCGGCCAGCUUUGUGGUGUUCCUCAUCCAGGAGAGAGUGAAUAAAGCCAAACACAUGCAGUUCAUCAGUGGAGUGCAGCCCUUCCUCUACUGGCUGGCCAACUUUGUGUGGGACAUGUGCAACUACAUUGUCCCGGCGACUCUGGUCAUCAUCAUCUUCGUCUGUUUCCAGCAAGAGGCCUAUGUGUCCUCCACCAAUCUUCCUGUUCUCGCCCUCCUGCUGUUGCUCUAUGGGUGGUCCAUAACACCCCUGAUGUACCCAGCGUCAUUCUUCUUUAAGAUUCCCAGUACAGCAUAUGUGGUUUUGACCAGUGUUAACAUCCUCAUUGGAAUAAAUGGCAGCGUAUCCACGUUUGUCCUGGAGCUUUUCGGCAGCAAUGAGAUUGGUGGCAUCAACGACAUCUUGAAGAACGUGUUCCUGAUCUUCCCUCACUUCUGUCUGGGCAGAGGACUCAUUGACAUGGUGAAGAACCAAGCUAUGGCUGACGCUCUGGAGAGAUUUGGCGAGAAUCGCUUCCGCUCUCCUCUGGCGUGGGACAUGGUGGGCAAGACUCUCUUUGCCAUGGCCAUAGAGGGUGUGAUUUUCUUCUGCAUCACCGUCCUUAUCCAGUACCGUUUCUGCAUCAAGGCCAGGCCGGUCAGCACUAAACUGAAGCCGAUCGGAGAGGAGGAUGAGGAUGUGGCCAGAGAGAGGCAGAGGAUCUUGUGCGGAGGAGGACAGACUGAUAUCCUGGAGCUCAAACAGCUCACCAAGGUUUAUAAGAGAAAGCAGAAGCCAGCUGUAGACAGACUGUGUGUGGGCAUCCCACCAGGAGAGUGUUUUGGGUUGCUCGGUGUGAACGGAGCUGGGAAGACGAGCACAUUCAAGAUGCUCACAGGAGAUUCUGUUGUCACUAGCGGAGAGGCCUACUUGGCAGGAAAGAGCGUGCUGACAGAGAUCGAUGAAGUGCAUCAGAAUAUGGGCUACUGUCCACAGUUUGAUGCCAUCAACGACCUGCUGACUGGACGAGAACAUCUGGAGUUUUACGCCAUUCUGCGGGGCAUCCCAGAGAAGGAAGUGUGCGAGGUGGCGGAUUGGGGCAUUCGUAAACUGGGCCUGAUGAAAUAUGUAGACAAAGCCGCAGGAAGCUACAGCGGGGGAAACAUGAGGAAGCUCUCCACCGCUAUGGCGCUCAUCGGAGGACCGCCAGUGGUGUUCUUGGUGAGUGUGCAACUAACUUUAUGAUCAUUUGUUUAGCUAGUGCAUCAUAAUCCAAAAAUGCAUCACAGGUUUGUAAUGAUUUGUUUGUAAUGGAGAGCAGGGGAAAAGAAGGCUACAUGUAAAUAAUAAAAUGCAAAUGCAUAAAAUGCUAAAUAAAAUACAAAUGGAGAUGCAACUAUACAAUCGUGCAUAAUUAGCAAAAGUAUAGCAAAAUAAAAUAAAAAAAUAUAAAAGCUAAAUAUUAUUGACAUUUAAAAGGAAGGACAAAUUAUGCAGUUGUGCAUAGAUAGCAAAGUAUAGCAAAAUAAAUAAAAGCUAAAUAAAAAACUAAAAAUAAAAGCUAAGUAUUAUCAACAUUU